GUCCGCUCUCCAGUCCACAUGGUGGCGGUAAAGCACCAAAAAGGAGGAGGAAACAGCAAACGAAGAAAUAGGCAGUCAACGUUGCCUCCCUUCACACGCAGCGUAACGUUGAGGAAUGAUGGCCGAUAAUGCGCUUCCAGAGUCGAGAUCUCCUAAGGUGAUCAAACUGGUUCCUGAGAACCUUUUGAAGAAAAGGAAAGCAUAUCGAGCUAUUAAAGCAACAGAAGCAAAACUUGCACUUCUUCAAAAAAGGAAGGUACAGAAAGGAAGACCUCUGCGGUUCAAGCGUUUGGAAGAUUUCCUCAAGCAUGGAAAAAGACAACACCGUGAUGAAAGACGUCUUCAAAGAGCCAAUCACAGACCUCCUGUUGACCUGCCAUCACCUAAAAACAGCCUGGCAUUUGUUGUCCGAAUCAGAGAGAUAAAAGGUGUCAGUCCCAAAGUUAUGAAAGUCCUCCACAUGUUUCGACUUCGCAAGAUCUUCAGCGGCACUUUUAUGAGAAUCAACAGAUCAUCUUUGAAGAUGCUGAAGACCAUUGAGCCAUAUGUUGCUUGGGGGUUUCCAAAUUUGAAAUCGGUCCGUGAACUUAUCCUAAAGAGAGGACAAGCAAAGAUCAAUAAAAGGAAGGUUGCUCUCACUGACAACACUGUCAUUGAAAAACAUAUGGGUGAACAUGGUAUCAUCUGUCUGGAGGACCUCAUCCAUGAAAUAUAUUCGGUUGGAAAGAACUUCAAGGCAGCGAGUCAUUUCCUCUUGCCAUUCCGGUUGUCAGUGGCUCGCCAUGCAGCCAGAGACCAGGUUGGGCUCUUGAAAGAAAUUGGGGAUGCUGGACCUCGAGCAGAAGACAUCAACAGAGUUAUAAGACAGCUGAACUAAAGGGACUUGAACACUUUACAUUGGAAAAUAUUAUGUUCUAUUCUGUUGCAAAAUUCCUUUCAUCACAUAAUCAGAUUGGUAUACCAACUUGGUAUUCUUUUGUCAUCAGCUGUAUCUCCAUCCAUUCGGCUAGUCAGUACUGGAGUCAUCUUUUCAUGCUCCAGCUUGAACAAUGAAAGUGUGAUUUAUUCUGUUGUAUUUUUUUUUUUUCAUAAUUGCUAGUGGAAUGUAAAAAAAUUCAAUAAAUGUUUUUUUUUUUUUUAC